GUGGUUGAAGCAUGUUUACUGUAAGGCCGUCUCGCAUUAGUGAUUUUAGUUUUCUCUCUUUUUACGUAGUGCAUUUCCCAAACCUAUAUAGAUGCAGUCGAAAAAAAAACCCUAAGUAGUCGCUUAUCAGUUUAUUUGUCAGGAUGUUUUGUGUAGUCAGCAAACGUCUUAGUGAGAAUAUGGGUCGGACGAGAGGUCGGAGGUCAUACCUAUUGACAAAAGUUCGUGGUGUAACAGAUCACUUGUAAAGAUAUUGUGAAGAGGACAGUCAGCAACAUGUUGUCCCGUAGUUUGUCCAGGUACUCAAGAGCACUGCCAUGCAAUAUCAGCAAUGUAGUGCAUCGGAUGGAGUCUUCACAGACCUCCUCUGCCAAAGUGACCAGCGGGUUUAUAGAGGAGCUGAAGAAAAUUGUGGGCAAUGGCAAUGUGUCUACAACAAGUGCUAUGAGAGAACAACAUGGACAUGAUGAAUCUUACCAUGUCACAUCCCUACCUGAUGCUGUGGUCUUUGCACAAAGUGUUGAUCAUGUGAGCAAGGUUGCAAAGCUGUGCAAUGACAAUGGAGUGCCUCUUAUUCCAUUUGGUAGCGGUACAGGACUAGAAGGGGGCAUCAAUGCCACACUAGGGGGUGUCUCUUUGGAUGUCAGUCAAAUGACAAAAAUUGUUGCUGUCAAUGCAGAGGACUUUGACUGCACUGUUGAAUCAGGUGUAACACGUAUGAACCUGAACAGCUUUUUAAGGGACACUGGUCUUUGGUUUCCUGUUGACCCUGGAGCUGAUGCAAGUCUGUGUGGAAUGUGCUCUACAAGUGCAUCAGGCACAAAUGCUGUUCGUUACGGAACAAUGCGAGAAAAUGUACUUAAUUUGGAAGUAGUGUUAGCUGAUGGUCGUGUCAUUUGGACAGCUGGGCCCAAUAAGAGAUGCAGGAAAACAUCAGCAGGCUACAACCUAACCAAUCUGUUUGUGGGGUCUGAGGGUACCCUGGGAAUUAUUACCAAGGCAAUCAUUAAACUCUAUGGCAUUCCAGAAUCGAUUGUAUCAGCUGUGGUGCAUUUUCCUUCUGUGCAAGGUGCUGUAGACACAACUGUACAGAUUCUUCAGUGUGGCAUUCCUAUAGCUCGGCUAGAAUUCCUAGAUGAAGUUGCCAUUGAUGCUUUCAACAAGUUCAGCAAGUUCAACAUGAAAGUCAGCCCCUCUCUCUUUCUUGAGUUUCAUGGCUCCAGUUCUGGUGUAAAAGAACAGGUUCAAAUUGCCGAGGAUAUUGUUAAGGGAAACGGUGGCGAGGAUUUCAAGUGGGCCACUGACCCUGAAGAGAGGAACCGUCUCUGGAAAGCCCGCCAUGAGAUUCUCUAUGCAUGCACUGCACUAUGUCCUGGCUCUAAACCAUACUCAACAGAUGUCUGUGUACCCAUAUCACAUCUUCCAGAAAUCAUCCUGCGCUCAAAGGAAAUGGUCAAAGAAGCUAACCUAAUUGUUCCAAUUCUGGGUCAUGUGGGAGAUGGGAAUAUCCAUAGCGUGUUUUUGAUUGGUUCCACCUCAGAUGAGGAAUUCAGACGCAUUAAAAGGUGUAUCAAUACCAUAAAUAAAAUAGCCAUGGAGUUAAGUGGUACCUGCACAGGUGAGCAUGGCAUUGGGAUCGGCAAGCGGGAUUUGUUGGAGAAAGAAUUGGGCAAAGAUUGUUUAGAUGUCAUGAAGGACGUGAAACUUGCCUUUGACCCAAAGAUGAUAAUGAACCCUGGCAAAGUCUUCCUAUAAAUGCAUCUUGAGAAUCAAAAUUGACAGUCUUUAAUCCUUUAAUCCUAGCUGAAAGUUGUGCUUUUGUCUUUCUUGUACAGAUGCUGAAAAAUGUUAAAUCAUGGGAUUUUCCUACUUUUGGAGUUUUGUUUAAGUGGUGAAUGCUAUUCUCUUUCUCUGCAUUCCUUUCAUACUGUGCAUCAGAAGCUUGUCCACAUCAGAAAGUCGAUUUUAUACUUAAAGGAAUGGCUUUGCUUAAGAUUAAGUUAAUGUUGCAUAAAUAUGAUUCCAUUUGGCACAAUACAAUAUAUUUGCGCAUAAUAAGCAUUUCUUUAAAGAUGCACAAUGUCGAGUAGAGUAGGCUUGUGCAGUUAUCUAAAUGUCUGUGCAGCUCAACAUUACACAGGACUUUGAAAAGUCAGCAUGUAAAUGUUCUGUUCCAAGAUUAACAACAGCCUUGGUUAUUUUUGUCUCUAUUGGCAGACUUUUUCAUCACAUCAGUUAGUAACACCUUUAAAGGUAAUGAUGUAAAUAGCAGUACCACUCGUUCAACGGGAAAGAAUCAAUCUAUGACAUAGUCAUGCAUGUUAAUCAUGAGUUACCACUCUUGAACAGUAAACCCUUUCCAUGAUGAAAUGUGAUUUAUUUGUUUUAUUGUUACAAAAAAAUCUAUGGUGAAGAUAAUGUUGCUUUUAGAAGUUUUCAUCAGCUCAUAUGAGCCAAUCACAUAUUGUAUCCACGAACCUAUACACGUCUGUGAUUGUGUGGACAGUAUGGUAAUACAUGUAUAUCGGUGUUGCCAGCUGUUCUUCAAGUCAUAAUGGGGUGCAAAUAGGAAACAAAUGUUUCAAACUAGAAUAUUGUUGGAAUAAGAUACAGAACGUUUAUUUCAGCUUUCACUUACGCACAACCAAUAGUAAAAAGAAUAUUUGCUCAACUUCCUAUUCCAGAAUGUUAAAUAUUAUGUUAAAUUAUUUUUUUAUUCAGAGCAAUAAAGACUGAUUUUGAGAG